AUGAAUCAUAAGUUCCCAUUAGAAUCCACCUCCCCCUAUUCUUUCCGAGUUCGGGCAAUCAAUCAAAAAUUCCACAAGGAUGGAUCAAGACUAAGUCUUGCUCCGCCCCUGAAUUCAGUCACAUUCGCUUGUGAUCUAGCAAGAGAGAAGCCCAUCAUGCAAUCUACGGUAGCUGUUAUCUUCGCAUUCAUGCUCGCACUAACAUUCGCUAAAGCCUCGGAGCCGCAAGCUGAUGAAUAUUACAAUCAAGUGCUGGCAAAAUUUUUAGCUACAAAGGAUCAAGCUCGGUUUAACGGUUACAGAACCAUCAAGAGAUCACCCCAUAAUAUUGAUACGCGUGCUUUAAAUCAGUUUAAAAACUGCUACUUCAGUCCGAUUCAAUGUGUUCUUAUGGAGAGGAGAAGAUAA